AUGCCUUCAUAUAACAUUGUCGUCUUUGGCGGUGACCACUGCGGUCCUGAGGUCACAGCUGAGGCUAUCAAGAUCCUCAAGGUGAUUGAGAAGGAGUCCAAGGACAUUUCCUUCAACUUCAACGAGCAACCGCUUGGUGGUGCUUCAAUCGACGCACACGGCGUUCCCCUUACCGACGAGGCUCUCAGCGCCGCAAAGUCAGCCGAUGCCGUCCUUCUCGGUGCCAUCGGUGGUCCCAAAUGGGGCACUGGCGCAGUCCGUCCCGAGCAGGGUCUCUUGAAGCUUCGCAAGGAGAUGGGCACAUUCGGCAACCUCAGACCUUGCUUCUUCGCCUCCGACUCGCUCAUCGAUGGCUCUCCUCUCAAGGCCGAAGUCUGCCGUGGUGUCAACAUCAACAUUGUCCGUGAAUUGACCGGUGGUAUCUACUUCGGUGACCGCACCGAGGACGAUGGUUCUGGUUACGCCAUGGACACUGAGCCCUACUCACGCCCUGAGAUCGAGCGCAUCACUCGUCUCGCUGCCAACCUCGCUCUCGCCGAGAACCCCCCAGCCCCCGUCUGGAGUUUGGACAAGGCCAACGUGCUCGCAACCAGCAGACUGUGGAGAAAGGUCGUCACAGAGGUCAUGGAGAAGGAAUUCCCUCAAUUGCAGAUUGGUCACCAGCUUAUCGACAGUGCUGCCAUGAUCCUGGUCAAGAACCCUCGCGCUCUCAACGGUGUUGUUGUCACCAGCAACUUGUUCGGUGACAUCAUCUCCGACGAGGCUUCAGUCAUUCCCGGUAGCUUGGGUCUUUUGCCCAGUGCUUCCCUGAGCGGUGUUCCCGAUGGCAAGAGCAAGUGCAACGGCAUCUACGAGCCCAUUCACGGUUCCGCACCCGACAUUUCCGGCAAGGGUAUCGUCAACCCCGUCGCCAUGCUCCUUUCCGUCGGUAUGAUGCUCAAGUACUCCCUCCAAGAGCCCGAGCUCGCCAAGUCCGUUGACGAGGCCGUCAAGAUUGUCAUCGAGCAAGGCAUCAAGACUGGCGACAUUGGCGGUAAGGCAAAGACCACCGAGGUUGGUGAUGCCGUCGCCAGCGAGCUGUCCAAGAUUCUCAGCAAGAAGUAAAAGAGAGGAUACGCAAAAAGCUACGCAAGGAUAUGAAUUGUAUAAAAAGCGAGGAAUAGAUACGACACCCAGCAGCGGAAAAUGACAUUUAUUGAUGAUCUUUC